GUCAUAGCUUAUUUCCCUUCAUUAAAAUAAAAUAAAAGAAUAGAAAUAAAAAUAAACUCUUAUUUGGCUGUUUACAGAAUUGAUUAUGCUACAAUUAGUAAAAAGUGUGGGGUCAUUUUUGCAAAGAUCCACACAUGUACUUUGCAACACAUCUUUAAUAACUUCUAAUGCAUUGGCUAUUGAACCUAAUACAGCUUGGAGUAAAGUUUUUUUAAGAACAAACAUCAGAAAUAAUUUUCCUCGAGCCAGAGAAGGUAAACGAGUAAAGGUUCAUGGAUGGAAAACACGCCUGAGUACUUUAAAUGGCAAACAAAUAUUAUGGAGGAGAAUACUGAAAGGAAGACAUGUUUUAAGUCACUAAGCAAAAAGUUAUUUUAAUUUCUCUUCUGUAUUUAUUCGGUAAUAAAGAGAAAAAUAAAUUUUAGCAAUUAGAGUAUGUAUAAUAUG